CUUUGGAAACACUUGGAGUAUUAUAGCCAAAAUUAAAUCACCAUUUUCUGAUGAAGAAGAACGUCGAAGACAAGGUACGAAAAUCAUUGCGAUGAUUGUAGGGGUGGUAUAAGUCCCAAUUAUGUUUCGCUGAGAUACUUCCAAUUGCUCGAGCAUACUCCAUACUCCUUGCCAAAAGCUUCUUGGAAAAGUAAUUUCUGAUGGAUUCGAUGAUUGAAGAAGAAAAUGCAGUCACAUGGUCCUGUAGAAUUUUAGUCUUCCAUGUUCUAUAUAAACCCACAUUGCUGUAAGCUUGUUAGGUCAGUACUACUAGACGAACUUCGCAAUGGACAGCAAAUCUUCUGCUUCUCUGUUGAUUUCACUUAUUAGCUUUGCUUCUCUUCUGCUCCAAUGUCACUCUUCUUCCUCAGAUGACCUCAAGACUUACAUUGUCUACACCGGUAACAGCAAUUCCGAUGAAGCUUCUGCAUUGUUACAGUACACAAGCUUGCUGCGAAAAGCUGCCGACAGCGAUGCUGCGGCCAGGUCAGUUCUCCAUCAGUACAAAAGGAGUUUCUAUGGCUUCGUUGUGAAGCUGACACAGAAAGAAGCUGAAAGAAUGUCCGGACUUGAUGGUGUGGUCUCCGUGUUCCCUAAUCGAAAGAGACAACUCCACACAACAAGAUCUUGGGAUUUCAUCGGCUUCCCACUGAACGUGCAAAGAGCCACGACCGAAAGUGAUGUCAUCAUCGGAGUUCUCGAUUCUGGAAUCUGGCCAGAGUCCGAAAGCUUCAGUGACAAAGGAUUGGGUUCACCACCUAAGAAAUGGAAGGGCACAUGUCAAUCCUCGUCUAACUUCACCUGCAAUAGAAAAAUCAUUGGGGCGAAGUAUUACAAAUCUGAUGGAUCAUUCGAGGGUGAAGAAAAGUCUCCAAGAGACUAUGAUGGCCAUGGUACUCAUAUAUCAUCCACAGCAGCUGGAAACUCAGUUAGCCAGGCAAGCAUGUUAGGGUUGGCACCAGGAACAGCAAGAGGAGGUGCUGUAUCAGCGCGCAUUGCCGUCUACAAAGUUUGCUGGUUCGAUGGUUGUUUUGAUGCAGACAUUCUAGCAGCUUUUGAUGAUGCCAUUGCUGAUGGAGUGGACAUACUGUCAGUUUCUCUUGGAGGGUUCAGUGAUGAGAAUUAUUUCAGAGAUGGACUAGCCAUUGGAGCUUUUCAUGCCAUGAGAAAUGGAAUAUUGACUGUAACUUCUGCAGGAAAUUCUGGCCCCAGACCUGGAUCACUCGCCAAUUUUUCACCUUGGUCUAUUUCCGUGGCUGCUAGCACCAUUGAUAGAAAGUUACUUACCAAGGUUGGAUUAGGUGACAACAAAAUAUUUGAGGGAGUUUCAAUAAAUACUUUCGACCUCAAGGGUCAGCAAUAUCCUAUAAUUUAUGGAGGGGAUGCACCAAAUACUAAAGAGGGCUUUGAUGGAUCUUCAUCCAGGUUUUGCAGCGGUGGUACAUUGGAUCCAAAUUUGGUCAAAGGGAAAAUUGUUCUCUGCGAAGGCAGAAGCCAAGCUUCAGGACCCUUUAUAGCAGAAGCUGCUGGUGCAUUGACACAAGGUCAAAAUUUAAGAGACUCUCCUCUCGCUUUCCCCUUGCCUGCUUCAUACAUGAACCUGCAAGAUGCUUCCAAUAUUUUCAGCUACAUGAAUUCCACAAGGAACUCAACUGCGACCAUUUAUAGAACUAAUGCGGAAAAGGAUACAUUGGCCCCUGUAGUGGCCUCCUUCUCUGCUCGAGGUCCAAACCGUGUUUCACCCGAUAUUCUCAAGCCGGAUUUAGUUGCUCCAGGAGUCAACAUUCUGGCCAGUUGGUCUCCAAAAGGCUCUAUUUCUGAGGUUGACGGUGACAACAGGACCUUGAAGUUCAACAUAAUCUCAGGAACAUCCAUGUCUUGUCCUCAUGUUUCUGGGGCAGCAGCUUACGUCAAAUCAUUCCAUCCCAGCUGGUCUCCUUCUGCUAUCCAGUCAGCUCUAAUGACCUCGGCUAGACCAUUGAAUCCCAGGAUCAACCGAGAUGCAGAGUUUGCAUAUGGAGCAGGUCAAAUAGAUCCUGUAAAGGCAGUGAAUCCUGGUUUAGUAUACGAUGCCGGUGAAAUAGACUUUGUGAGAUUCUUAUGUGGACAAGGGUACAGCACAAGGACAUUACAGCUUGUCACAGGGGAUAGUAGCAGCUGCUCUGUAUCAGCUAAAGCAAGUGAUUUAAAUUACCCGUCCUUUGCUCUUCCAACUCAUCCCUCCAACGUCAAUGUAGGUGGCAAUUUUAGCAGAACUGUUACUUAUGUUGGGUCAGAAAAGUCAACAUACAAAGCCACUGUGACUGGUCCUCCUGGGCUGAAAAUCCAAGUGAACCCAAACGUUCUUUCCUUCACUUCUCGUGGUGAAAGGCAGAGCUUUGUGCUAAGUGUUGAAGGUAGCUUGGAAGCAUCUAUAGUGUCAGCAUCUUUGGUUUGGAGUGAUGGUGAUAUCCAAGUGAGGAGCCCUAUUGUUGUGUUCAAUUCACCUUAAUAGAUUAUUAUUAUUAUUACACAUUGAAUAAGUUGAAGCAGAAGCAAAAUUGAGUUGAGGUUGCAAGAUAUAAUUUGCACCAUGUAUGGUAUCGUUCUUUUUUUUUUUUUUGGAUAUUUGUAUGGUAUCGUUUUUAUAAUAUAUUUGACACCCACUAUCCACAUAUGAAGGAAUUAAUUACAUCACA